AUGACGGCCAAACAACCCGACAGGAGCUUUCUCGAUCUCCCAGGCUCUAUUAGAUUUCGCAUCUACAAUUUUGCAGGGCUGGCUAAUAAUCAGGUCAUCCCCCUCGAUCGCAGACAUCGUGUCGAGGAGCAAUCUGCCCCCAUCUGGGAAGACUCUGACCGCACACUCAAUCUACACCUAGCAGAUUUAACCAUCUAUUCAACCCUUAUACUUAUAUGCCGGGCUACUCAUGAUGAGGUGUCACAUCGCUUCUAUUCUACCAACACGUUCAUCGCUCACGACCUACAAACCUUGGGCCGGUUAAGUCCGCCAUAUCUAGCCUUGCUGACCUCUCUCAAACUCAUCCCCUGCCUUACAAAGCACACGGAUACCCGCAAAGAAUGUACCUGCAUGCCUCUGGGGUUUAUUGAUGACGAUACAAUCUUCGGCCUGGUAAGCCCUUGGGACCAGUCCACCCUCUCGGAGUGGGACUCCAUCAUCAGCAAGAUUGCACCGCAUUUGACAGGUGAUCAACUUGACUUGAGUAUUAUCUGCCAUGUUUACAAUGAAGAUGCUGCAAAAGCGGUUGUGGAACCUCUACGCCACUUCCCUGUCUUAUUUAGCUGCAACAUCCGGCUCGGCCCCCUCAAUCGUCGCAGGUAUGCUAUCCAGAUGAUAGCCAUGGAAGCUGCCAAACAAGCCAUGGGCCAGAUAAAUACCCUGGUGCAACCAUUUCGGUUCCUCGACCUCCCCAGUGAAAUUCGUCUACUUAUUUACGGGUACACCGAUCUCAUCAGUCCGCUCAACAAGCUCCAAUGGGAUCCAGACCAUGGCUAUACACUUGACACAUCAUUCUGCACGCCAAACUGCACCCCACCUUAUGACAAUUGCCAUCCAAGCAUGCACAGGGAUUGCGGGUCUCCUAAUGUCCCCAGAUGCCACUGUCGCCAUGGCUCAUCAUUCUGGCAUGGCGGAAUGCCCUACUGCUGGACAUGCACACAUUACGCCUGCCAAUUCAACACCUGCAAUGCUCGACCCGCAAACGGUACAGAGCUGGGUCUAAGCUGCUGCGGCGCAAAGUCAUCAGCGUAUUCCCCCGCAUGCCAUUGCUGGAAACCACCCGUCGCGCUAUUCAGCACAUCCCGAGCUAUCCGAGAAGAAACACAGCGAGUGUUCUUCUCUCAAAACGAAUUCGAGAUACCCCACUACAAGUCCUUCGCAUACUCAGCCGGAGCCGUAGCCGCACCGGAGAGAUGCGCAGCGGCAAGAUUCCUAGCAGAGGUCGUCCCUGCAGAUAUGCUACCGUACCUCAGUAAACUCACCAUCUCACUCUGGGACUGUGUUAAGACAACAGCGAGAGAAGACUGGAACCAGAUUAUAUCAUACGUCGUCGGUAUAUCUAACCUCCGCUUUCUAUCGAUUGACACUAGGAUGGGCUUCGAGGAGAUCACGCUGGCGACACCGAACAUACGGGAAACACUAUGUAGUGAAGAGGGUCUUGUGGCGGUCAAGAAUGCUAUAACUAGUUACGCUUGGCCGGUUAUGAUUUCGGAGACGGCGGUGCGGUCAUUCUUCGUGAAUGUUGCAUAUAUUUACUCGCUUGACCUCAAGGUGUGCUAUUCAUAUCGGCGUCCCGAGGACCCGGCUGUUCUUGUAGGAAAUGAGCGUGUUGCGGGGGAUAAUUAUGCCUUUGUAAGAGAAUGCGCGGGGCCAGUUGGAGAGCAGGGUAAUGGGAGAUGGCUUGAGGGGUUGCAUCUUUUUGAGGCGGAGUAUCUCUGA